AGCGCGCGCAAACUGCUGUUUGUCAUGUUGUUUCAUGAAAUUCAAUUUUUGAAAUUCCAACUUGGAUUGAUGAGCUUGUCCAGUGUUUCGUUUAAAAUGUGUUAUAAGUGAGUGAUUUUAUGCCAUAAAUACUGUUCAAAAUGGUGCCAAACAUUGCCGCGGCCGUCAUCAAGCUCGGCCAGCAGAAGAAGAACGACGAGCUGAAGGAAAUCCUGGAACGGAUUCCGACCAAGGAGUUGGUGGACCUGGUUUCGUCGAAUAUCGGGGGCGCGGAUGGGUUCACGCUGUGGCACUUUGUCCUGCUGGGGAUGACCCACUCGAGCAAGACCAGCGACAAACGGUUCCAGAUCACGAUGGCCGUGCUGCAGCAGUUGAAUCGGGUGGAACUGGCGACGAAGGUUGCGUUUGAUAUUGUUUCGCGGCUGGUGCUCGAUUUGCCCAAGUUUGGGCCGGACCAGCUGGUGGAGAUCUUGGAGUAUUGUGUGGAGUCGAUCCGGGCUGGGGAUCCCAAGUGUAUGGGUUGGAAGGAUUUGCUGCCGGAUGUGCUGUCGCUGCUGAGCCAGCAGGUGGGCCGGAUCAGCGUGAAUGGGUUCAUUAUGACGGGGGUGGAGUACAGGAAGAAGGUGCUGGACGAGCUGUUCAAGAUGAAGAUUCAGAACGGGAUCUUGACGUCGUUUACCGGGAUGUUUCGGGAGGUUCAGUUGAGCAGGGAGGAGGCGACUUUGCUGGUGGGGAAGGUUUGUGACGCCAUUCGGCACCUUGAAGCGCUGGAGAUUCCGGCGUUGACAUUUCAGCUGUUUCACGUGUGCCUGAAGUAUAGUAGCUUGCUGGUUCUGCCGAUUUAUUCGCUGCAGAAGUACUUUCACAAGCAUUAUUACAAGAAGAUUGCGUCGAACGACUGUGGAGACAGCACCGACUUUGAUAGCAUUGAACCCGUUUCCGACAAAGAACUCCGCGAAGCGGAAGAAACCAUCCUGUAUCACCUCUCAAACGUAACGGAAUUCCGUCUGGACGAAGCCCAGGUCGUCGCCAUGUUCAAACCCUUCCAAAACAUGCCGGAGUUCCUGCUCACCCCGUUCGUCAUCAGCGCGCUGAUCGCGAUGAGCAAGAUUAACCGCACUCCGGACACCAUGAAGGUCGUCUCGUCCCAAGUGAUGGCCUUCCUGGUGCGGCUCGUCGCCGAAAACGAACACGAGCGCGAGCUCUGCCAACGGUCGGCGUGGUGUCGAGGACGGAUCGAAUCUGCGGUCGUCCCGGACGUGAACCGCAUUCUGACCAUCCUGACCGAGCACAGCCAGGAGGGGAUGGAGGUGGUCACACCGGGUGUGAUUCACUUUGGGUUUGCGCUGUUGAUUGCGAAGAAGCAGCCAAAGUUGCACACGAUCGCGAUCGCCUUUUUGCAGAACUUUAUCAAGAAGCGGUUCAUCUUUGGCAACGGGAUCGUGGACAAGUUGAAGCAGUAUCUGUUUGUGGAGUUGGAAGCGAUGCAGUUUUCCGAGUGUUUGAUCACGUUGAGCCUGACGAGUGCGUUGACGCUGUCCGAGUGCGGGUCGUCGAUCAGCUAUAUUUUGGAGUAUUUGCUGCUGAUCGACGGCCACCACGCGAUGCGCAUCAUCACCUUUCUCUUUCCGCUGAUCCGGAUCUCGCACACCAUCCGGGACGCGUUCAUCGAGGUUCUGCGCAAGGCCAUGCACCACAGCGAAACGCGCACCCGCAUGAUGGGCGUGUUUGGCUUUUGCGCCCUGCUCAAGCAGCUCAAGAACAACAACUCGCGGCGGGCCGUCCUCGGCGGUUCGGCCGGCAACCUCACCCAGCUGUCCAUUUCCGGGAUGUCGCUGCUGUCGCAAUCGACGAUCGGUCGGGCGGACAAUCCGGACGUGCACUUUGACAUGCUGACGCUGGAGAUUUUGGGCAUUCUGAGGCGCUGCUUCACGCAGACGGUGGAGAUUCGUGAGCUGCUGUACGAGUCGCUAGGGCGGGCCGUCGAGUUCAACGGGAAGCUGCUGCCGCACGUGCUGCAGUUUGUGGACUGGCACUUUAGUGGGUACUUUGGCGAAUCGCUCGAGGGUGCGCUCGAGAUUGACUUUGAAAAGUGCGUGCGCUAUCGGCAGGGCGCGAGCGAGGACGUGUCGGCCGGCGAUCAACAGCUGGAGAUUUACGACAACGUGGGCAAGCUGACCGCGUUUAUGGUGCACUGUAUGACGCUGGCCGAUCAGCAGCAGGACAUGGGCCACGAUUGCGAUGGGGCAAGGAAGCUGCUCGAAGAUGUGGUGAACAAAAUAGACGGAGUCACGUUGGAUAGCUUGGGCAUUAUCGGAACGCUCGACCCGAAAACCUGUGUGAUUGCGUGCCACUACUUGAACACCGUCGAAGCCGGCAUGAGCUACUGCAUCUGGAAGACCAAACCGGACAACGGCGCGCUGCGAGAUCUGUUGAAGCUCUUCAAGCAUCACCAGAGUUGCAGUGAAAAAAUUAAGAAAAUGGAACCGAAAAAGGCAGGCAGGAAGGCGGCCAACAACGAAACGAUCGCGUCGACGGCGGCUGCGGGAGCGUCUUCCGCGAAGAGCUUGUCCUUCAGGCCGGAAAAUGUGUGGGAUCUGGCGACGGUCGAGCGGCUGCUGCGCAUCGUGUUCGAUGACUCCACCGCGUACGCCACCGAGGAGGACCUGGAGGCGCUCCGCUCGAAUCGUGACUUUACCCAGUUUGUGCUGCGGGUGGCCACCGAAAAGCUGGAAGCGCUCCGCACCACGCCCGAGUACUGGCAGAUCAAGCACAGCAAGCGCAUAUUCCACCACCUGUGCGAGUGCGGCAAGAUCGCGUACGACCGGUGCGUGAAGCGAACCAACGAGCUGUGCUCGAAUGGGAACGUGCAGGUUGCGUUGGCCGCCGUGGAGUGCUUCCGGCAGGCGAUGCUGACGGCGCUGGCGGUUUACGAGCGGAAGUUUGUGGAUUUUCUGAGGAUGAUCAGCUGCUCGCUGGGGACGGCUUUUCGGGGGGAUUUGCUGCAGACGCUGCACGGGAUUGUGGAUAGGUUUUUCGAGGAUGGGGCGGAGUUGGAGGUGGCUGGGGAGAAGACGAUUCAUGGUUUGUUGGUUUGCUUGGAGAUUCUGUACACGUCGGAGGGGUUGGAGAUUACGCACCUUAACGGUGCCUACUCGUGGCUGCAGGAUUUUUGCGUGAACCACAAGUUGAAGGUGAAGUCGCUUGGGAUUGUGCAUCGAAUUUUGUUCGAUUUGCGGUUGAAGACGCAAACUGGGGCUUAUUUUGAUACGGUUUCGAUGUUGGUUGAGAAAAAGUACGGUCAAAUACACGAGGAAGAGUUGGCGCCCAGCUUCGCGCUCAAGUCGAUCAGCUCGAUCACGGUCGAGUCGGCGCUGAUGGCGCUUUGCAGUGUGACCAAGCAGCAGCUCGACGACGUGGAGCAUUUCGUGCUGAGGACGAACAGCGUGCUCGGCAGGUUGAAGAUCUACGGCCAAGGCGAAAAUGAUGAGUAUCUCCACCAGUUGAAGACCAUCGAGCGAUCGAUGUGCUCCCAGCUCGUGCACAUCAUGUCGGUGGCAACGCACCUGGCCAACACGCAGCUCACACUCGGAACCUGCAUGGACGCGCUGCUGAAGCUGCUGAUCAGUCUGUACGGUUGUCUGACCAACCUGGCGAAGCACUUUAUCACGCGGCAUGCGGUGGCGGCCGUCUCGCACGAUUCCACCAAGUUCAACCUGGUCAUCAAAUCAUCCAAGCCGCUAGCAGAGAAAAUCUACCUUCUAUUUCCGCACAUCGAGGAGAACAUCCUCGGUCAGUCGGAAGAAGGUGGCGGCGACGACGAGGAAGCACCGCGCAAAUCAACCACCGACGCCAAACGGAACCGCGAAAAGGUCCUCCGCCAGACGAAGCUCAUCCCGAAGGUCGUUUUCCGCAUCGAAACGUUCAACAAGUUUGUGCUCCUCCUAAGCAAGAAGACCAAAAAGGACCUCACCUACCUCCUCCACCUGGGCACCGUGCGCGAUUUCCGCAUUCGCGAACCGGCCCUCGUGGAAGCCAUCCGAAAAGUGUGCGACGGACAACCCGUGGACGAAACCACGUCCGAGUUUGGCGACCUCGCGGAUUUGGACGCGCACGACGAAGACGAAGACGACGCAGCUCCACUGGUCGAGAAACCCUCCGACUCCACGGCCGGCCCAGCCCCAUCCAAGUCGAUCGGCGUCGAGGAGAGUCAACUGGACGAGCAGGAGUCCAACACCGACCUCACCGAGCUGGGCAACGAAAACCUCGCGCUUAAAAAUCUCGCCCUGCUCAACGAAAAGAGUCGCCGUCGGUCGAGCAAGAAGCGUAAAACUGCCGACGCCACGGCAGAAGAUGCGGAACGAGUUGCUGCCGUGCCGGAGGUUAAAAAGAGAAAGGUCACCACCAAGGGGGGCGGAAGCAAAAAGGGUAGCACUUCGCCCAAGAUUAACAAACGGGCGCUGGAGACGAUGAACGAGAUCGCUGCACCGCUGGCGAAGGUAACGACCACGCGGACGCUUGGGCCGAAGCGAUCAAAGGGACUGGCGGUGAAGAAGUCGUGAGUUUUUUGGGUAGAUUUGUAAGAAUGAAAAAGUACAAUUUAGUACCUGUGUGCUAGUGAAAGUGCAGUUUUUGAACUUUUUUUUGCGUUGAAUAAAAUUCAAUACUAUAAUGUUUCAACAAAA